UGCUGAUAGCCUCGGGAGUUUUCGGUCUACGGAGAUUCCCGAACCCCACUCAGCACAGCGCCAAACUACAUUCUAUUGCGACGCCACAUCCAUGAAUGGUCUGACGAGCUUCCUCUACGUACGAUCGUGCCAUGGGGACUUCAGUGGCGACCCCAGGGUCAGGGAGCUGUGCACUGGUCAGUCUGAUGACGUAAAGGACUCCGAGGUUCCUGGACUGACGGGGACAGGAGUCGGGAUCAGAGUGACUGACGUGGAUACCAAUGUGACGUAUUACAACGAGUACUGUGCUUUGUGUAACAGGGUUGAACGGGCCGUAGAGUGGCGUGUGCAAGUCCAGUGCAAUAACUACUUACAAGUAUAUCAAGCUCAGAACGAACUCGAAUUCCUGAAGCUGGCUGUUCGAGACUCUACGUCAUGUUUCAUCUGGCAGUAUCGCCCGACAGACGUAGAUAUCAUCAGCUGUGACAGUCCUUGGUGGAUUAACGGUGGUGACGACAUUGUGAACAAAUGCAACGUGAGUGGUCAGUGGACGGAGAGGGACACCGACGUGGAGGAGGCGUGUGCUAACCUGGAAGCCCUGCCAAUGUAUCGAGUUAUUGAUUACCGAAAAGGCCUGAAGACCGAAAGGGCAGGCUUGUACAAGAACGUCUUUUGUGCCCUAUGUAACAGACCUUCUUACCCAAUGACGGAAGGGUGUCGUCCGAGUCCUGGUCUCCCCGUGGUCCCGCCUUUUGACCUACCAUUCACCAUGCUGCUUGGACUUCGGCCUCAAAUGACGUCAAACCAGAACAAAAAUACAGUUGUACGCCUUUGUUCGGAAGAAGAAUGGCUCAGCCCAGAUGGUCUCUGUAUGCCAGUGGAAUGCUCCGCGGGUAAGACGUUAACAGAGAAUGGCACGUGUGUGACGGCUGUAUCGCAAGUUCGUGGUUUGGCGUACAGCGUGCGCCUGUGGCUUCUGCCUGCGGGGGAAAUUGACGUCAAGAUGAACCAGGCUCUAUUGAAUCCCAGUUCUUCCGACACCUCCUCUCCAGGACUGACGCUGAUACAAAAUGUUGAGACAAUACUGAAGGCAAUGCCCAUGGUACACGGGUAUGAGAUUACAAGCGGUGUUGCCCUGUGUGAGGGGAACAGAACAUUGUUUUCUGGUAACACUUCAAGCCCACUUGCUACGAUCAGUAAAUGCUCUUCAUCAGCAACUACGCCAACGUCGCUUUCGGACGACGGCCACGUUUCACCGGCACCCUCUGAGGAACAUCUUAUCAGCCACAGCAUAUCCAGCGAGUUGCCAGUCGCACUGUGGUUAGAUAUUAAUUUCAUGGCGAACAGAGACAGGAGAAGGGAUGAAUUUGAAAUUGAUGCUGUGAGUACUAUAUUUGGAGAGGAGUUUAAGAAAGAGGUAAGUGACAAUUUCAACCAUACUCCUCUUAUAGUGCAUGGUGAAAUAUCUCCUUGGUCACAUUGCUUCAACAAAGUUCCUUAUAUGUGCGAGACGGGUUGGUUUAUAAGCUUAAACGCUUUCCUUUCCUUAAAGUUGUACCCUGAGAAGGAAAGUUACGUGAAAUUAUCUCCUUUGCUCACUUGUCCUUUUGUUCGACUCAACCAAACGCAGUUCUCAGUCAAAUCCUACGUCGUUCCUGGUAACAUACAACCGAGUGUGGCAGUCGAAGUGACAUUCGGAACCUUUAGCGAGACGUUUACCAAACCCUCAGACCUGUACAAAAUAACUGUCACAGACAACAAAGAACUUCGCAUCUGUCAGGACUUGCUCUCCAGUAGAUUUCCCCGAGACCAGCUUCAAGGCGACGGUAUCAUGCUUUGGUCGCAGUAUUUCCUCACUCUUCUGUGCUUCACUGUGUCAGUGGGCUGCCUGGUUCUUACGCUAAUGACGUAUGCCCUGUUCCCAGUUCUCAGGGGCAAGGCGGGAAAAAACAACAUGGCACUGUGCGUGAGUUUGAUGGCAGCCCAAGUCUCGCUUUUGACUUCUUCACACGUUAAAGCACCGAGUGCAGUAUGUACUGGUCUGGGUAUUUGUACCCACUUCUUGUGGCUUGUCACUUUCUGCUGCACCCUCGUUUGCUGUCAUCACAUGUACAAAGUCUUCACGGACAAGACCCGCAACUCCCUCGACUCGUCCAAGACUGAGCGACUGAGGUUUAUGAAGCGAUUGCUGUUUGUUCUGUUGCUUCCCUUGGCUGUAGUUCUUACUGUGGUUGUCACAACGAUGAUCACUACUGAAGGGAGCAGGACAGGCUAUGGUGAGACGUCUUGCUACAUGGACUCGACAUUUCUUGUUGGCACGACUGUUGUGGGGCCUCUUGUUCUGAUUACAACGUGCAACGUAGCUUUCUUCACCCUGACCGUGAUCCGCAUCCAGAAGGUGCGCCUGUUACAGAUGUCGGUACAAAGAGAGGACAGGCUCAACGUCUACGUCUACAUGAAGCUCUCCACAAUCACCGGCGCCUUCUGGCUUCUCUCGGUCACUGCCGAGGCUUUGGACAUGGAUGCCUUGAGGCUGGUAGCUAUUGUCUUCAAUGGCUCGCAGGGUCUGUUCAUUUUCCUCUCCUACGUUUGCAACAAAAGAGUCCUGGCCAUGUAUAAAAGUCUGCUGCUCUCCGAAACAGUGAUUGACUCUUCAGCAUCCAGGGAGAGAGGACAGAAAACACCAACGUGUUCCGUGGAGACCAAAUCAACGGCUCAGGUAACAAGACAAGAGAUGACUUCUCAAGCAAACCAUGAAAUGGAAACCUUGGAAAUCUAAAAGUGAGGACACGUCAAAGAGGUUACAUUUAGUACCAGAGUUCGUGGCAGUAACGGUAAUAUGUGAUGCAGCGUAGUGGAAUCAGGCUCUCGUCAAUUUUUGGGCAUGUAG